CUCACUGACUGUUGUACUCUGCCUGGUUUUUGAGUUGUGGUUCACUUUUCUACAGAAAGACUCAAUCGACUUGGAGACCACUUUCUCUUUUGUCCAGUGAUAAAGGAAAAACCUCUCUGCUUUGAGGCCUGUUUCUAAGAAAGCAGAGGCAUCUGUUUUUCACCAGUAGGUGAUUUACUGCAUCUUUGUUUCACUGGUUCCAUUCACUUGCCCUCUGUUCCCUCUGCAAGCUCUCCUCCCAGCUGAAUAUUGGUGUUAUGUUUUUACAGCACAUUGACCAUUAAUACCAGUCCAUCCAACAAAACAUGAAGACUAAAACCAAAGGAAAGAAACAAAGGCAAACCACCGACAAAGAAGCGUUUUCCGAAGAGCCAGCAAUGAGAAAAAAGGAACUGGUGAAAUGUCUGCGACGCAAAGAAAGGAGGAAUGGGGGGAACAAGGAGAGCAGCAAGAGCCCCCCAGGCAGAGGCAGGCGUGCUUGGAGCAGCAAGGACAGGCUGCUGAGGAGGCUGGAGAGCAACGAGCGCGAGAGGCAGAGGAUGCACAAGCUCAACAACGCCUUCCAGGCCCUGCGCGAGGUCAUCCCUCACGUGAGGGCCGAGAACAAACUGUCCAAAAUAGAGACUCUCACUCUGGCCAAAAACUACAUUAAAUCCUUGACCUCCAUUAUACUCAAUAUGUCCAACGGACACUUCCCAGCAGUAGAAGGGAUGGGGGGAGCCUGGGGAUCCAAAUUGUACCAGCAUUAUCAACAGCAGCAUGGGGAGGAUGACCAUGAGGAAAAUCUACAGAAAUAUUCCACAUAGAUUCCUAACUUCAGCCAAAACACCAACUGCCAGCUGCUACUGUCAUUGUUUUUCCUUCUUACAUCAUAAUACAUGUCAUUACCUAGA